CUCCAUCGUACACGGCGGCCCCUACACCUAUGGAAUACCACCAGCACCGACAAGGAGGCGGUAAACUCUACGCACAAACGCCUUCUUCGGGGGACCAUGCCUCGAUUGUGUCUUCAAUCGCUCCGUUCGAUACUGUGUGUUCGGGUGGCAGCAGCAGCACCACCAGCAGCAACGCCAGGAGAAUCCUAGACGAGUCCGAGGUGCUUCGCUGCAUCAACGAAUACCGCAGGGAGCACGGAGCCCCGAUGCUGCGGUGGAGCUCGGCGUGCGCCCGCGAAGCUCAGCGGCGAGCCAGCCACGAGUCCGGGCCGAGCGCCGAGUACGGCGAGAAUCUUGCCAGGAGCACGGAUCACAGCUGGAGAGAUCCAACGAUAGCAUGUAUCGGCUCCAUCCAUCAGUGGCAGAAAGAGGAGGCCGGGUACGACUACGGAAAGCCGGGCCUAAGCUCGAACACGUCCCACUUCACCGCCAACGUGUGGAGGCUCACCACCCACGUAGGCUUCGGCGUCUUCCGCGCAACGUACAAGGGAAAAUCAACCAUGUGGGUGGUCGCUUACUUCUCACCGAGAGGGAACCAGGCUGGCGACUUCGCCCGCAACGUCCUCCGUCGGGGCUCGGUCUACCACGGAGACGACAAUAUGGUCCGUCGCGCGGUGGACACAGUUUCUCCCAGCGGCCGACACCCCAGAAAGGCACCCGCCGACCGACACGCCAGAGAGGCACCCGGCACCUACGUGCGCGUGGAGACGGCCAACGCGGAUGUGAAGGUGCUCCGGUCGGCCAACGGAAAGUUCACUUUCCAGGUGCUGCCUGACCGGAACAUCAUCGUCCGGCAGGCGGAGAGAAUCAUCUGGAGCAGCGGCUCGAGAUCAGCAGGGAAGCCACCGGUCGGCGCCCCCUUCAGGCUCGUGCUUCAGAAGAACGGAGACCUGGUCGGGUACGACUCGGCGGCGAGAGUGUUCUGGUCCUCGGAAACAGCCAACUGCGGCCCGGCGCCGUACACGCUGACCAUGCAGGAUGACGGCCAGUGCGUGCUGUUCGACGGCCGCUGGAAGGCGAGGUGGGCGAGCGACUCGCGCCCCAUCACCAUGAAGUGAACAAAACGUCCGUUCUUGGCGGUGUAGAUAACAAUUUAUCUUGGGGGGCACGAGAGAGCGAGGUUCAUUCGUGUAGCUUUGGGGGGGGGGCGGGGGGAGCGGGUAGCUCGUUUCUAAGGGCACGGCCGCGUAUCAGCGCAUGUAUGUAACAAUAAUUUGAGAGGUUUCGAGAAGUUGAGGUCGGUUUUCAUUCGCCUAACUUCGGGGGGAGGGGUGGUAGCUCGUUUUUCUAUAUGCUGGGCCGCGUAUCCAAAUACACCAUUUUGCGGCUUUAUUUACCAGCAACGGCGAGGAGGGACACCUCACGGUUUCAUCGACCACAAAGCGAAUGCCGUCUCACCUAGAGCGCAUAGCGCCUUGAGGUAUUUGGUGAGGUUACACGCAUGCAUGCAGGGAGAGCUAGGGCGGGUACGGGAGCGG